AUGGCGUCCCGGAGACUUGCUCUGAACCUCGCCCAGGGCCUGCGUGGCCGCUCUGGAGGUCUUUCUGUCCCCGUCAGACGAGGCCUUGCGACACCUCACUCGCCCGCCCUCAAGACCCAGACGACGACACUCAAGAAUGGCCUGACUGUCGCAACCCAGUACUCUCCCUAUGCGCAGACCUCGACGGUCGGCAUGUGGAUCGAUGCCGGCUCCCGCGCCGAGACCGACGAGACCAACGGCACUGCCCACUUCCUCGAGCACUUGGCCUUCAAGGGCACAUCGAAGCGGACUCAGCAGCAGUUGGAGCUUGAAAUUGAGAACAUGGGCGCCCACCUCAACGCGUAUACCUCGCGCGAGAACACCGUCUACUUCGCCAGGGCCCUGAACGAGGACGUUCCUCAGUGCGUCGAUAUCCUCCAGGACAUUCUCCAAAACUCUAAGCUUGAGGAGUCGGCUAUUGAGCGGGAACGUGAUGUCAUUCUCCGUGAGUCGGAGGAGGUUGAGAAGCAGUUGGAGGAAGUUGUUUUCGAUCACCUGCACGCCACCGCUUACCAGCAACAACCCCUCGGCCGCACCAUCCUCGGCCCCCGCGAGAACAUCCGUGACAUCACCAGGACCGAGCUUACCAACUACAUCAAGAACAACUACACUGCCGACCGCAUGGUUCUUGUCGGAGCUGGUGGUGUUCCCCACGAGCAGCUCGUCGAGAUGGCUGACAAGUACUUUGCUGGCCUCCCCUCCAAGAGCCCCGAGUCCGCCGCCUACCUCCUGUCCAAGAAGAAGGCCGAUUUCAUCGGCUCCGAUGUCAGAAUCCGCGACGACACUAUCCCCACCGCCAACAUCGCCAUUGCCGUUGAGGGCGUCAGCUGGAACGACCCCGACUACUUCACUGCCCUCGUCACCCAGGCUAUUGUCGGCAACUAUGACAAGGCUCUUGGCAACGCUCCUCACCAGGGCAGCAAGCUCAGCGGCAUCGUUCACAAGAAUGAUCUUGCCACCAGCUACAUGAGCUUCUCCACCAGCUAUAGCGACACUGGUCUCUGGGGCAUCUACAUGGUCACCGACAAUCUCGCCAACGUCGAUGAUCUUGUUCACUUCUCCCUCCGCGAGUGGACCCGCCUCUGCGGCAGCGUCACCCCCGCCGAGGUUGAGCGCGCCAAGGCCCAGCUCAAGGCCUCCAUCCUCCUGUCCCUCGACGGCACCAGCGCCGUUGCCGAGGACAUUGGUCGGCAAAUCGUCAACACUGGCCGCCGCAUGAGUCCCGGCGAGAUCGAGCGCGUCAUUGAUGCCAUCACGGAGAAGGACGUCAUGGAGUUUGCCAACAAGAAGAUCUGGGAUCAGGACAUUGCCAUCAGCGCCGUCGGCAGCAUCGAGGGUCUGUUUGACUACGCCAGAAUCAGAGCCGACAUGAGCAGAAACUUUUAG